CAUCUCUCAAUUACACCAAAGAUUUGGUUGGUUGUGGUACCUAAGAAUAUCUAUUAACUCUACUUUUAUAAUAGUAGCUUUAGGAUGAAGUCCGGCUGAAGCUGAACAGUGAACUGAACCCAAAAACAAAAACAAACAAACAAAGCGGGCGGCUGAAACUCAAACAGCAACAGGAAUCAGAGGACAUGGGCACAGUAAAAGCGGUGGCCGUCAUCUCCUCCUCUACCCACAACAACCUCAAAGGCUCCAUCCACUUCAUCCAACACACUCCCCCAGCACCAGGAGGAGUUAGUGUUACUCAUGUGAAAGGAAGAAUUUGUGGGCUCACUCCCGGACUCCAUGCCUUUCAUAUUCAUGCUCUUGGGGACACCACCAACGGCUGCAAUUCCACUGGACCUCAUUUCAAUCCCUUAAACAAGGAUCAUGGAUCUCCCAUAGAUGACGAGCGUCAUGCCGGUGAUCUGGGGAACAUUGUGGCUGGCUCAGAUGGGGUUGCUGAGAUUUCAAUUACAGAUAGGCAGAUUCCACUAAGUGGUGAGCAUUCCAUUUUGGGAAGAGCUGUUGUUGUGCAUGCUGAUCCUGAUGACCUGGGGAGAGGUGGACAUGAACUCAGCAAGACAACUGGCAAUGCUGGUGCAAGAGUGGGGUGUGGUAUCAUUGGCCUUCAGUCAUCUGUGUAGAGUGAAUGCCAAUAACAUGUAACAUCACUUGGAAAUCAAAUAAUUUCUUUUUUUUUUAUUGAUAGUCAAAAUGUGUUAUUGCUCAACAAUGGAAUAUUUCUGUUUAAGUUUCUUGAUUGAGAUUUAAAUGCUUGAAAUUUUAUGACACGGACACUUUUAUGG